GGAGAGGGACUCGCGGCAGUUCGGAUGCGCAUCGUGCGAGGACGGCGCUUCAGUUAGCGGCGAGCCGCUGUUGGGGUAGGGUUGUUUUAUCGUCGGUUUCGGCAAGUCGGUUUUCGAUCUGCAACCUUCGUUUCCUUCCUUCACUUUUCGUGCCACGGAAUCGUUCGUCGAUUCGUCUCGCCGAUCGGAACGAGACGCGUUCUCGAAGCGAGAGUGAAAUUCGUGACUUUGUUUGAGUGAGAGAGAGGGGGGGAAAAAGAAAAGAAAACUUUUGAAAUAGUGAGUCAGACGGCACCACGGACAGCAAUCCAGUUUUGGUGUGGAAGAGUGCGAGGGUGUAUCUUUUUCGCGAAACGUUUAAACGUAUAUAAUUAUAAAGUCAUCGUAGCUGCAAGUUUCUUGGCCAGUGCCAAUAUCAUGUGAGCGGGUGUGAAUUGACAGAGACGUAUUCAGAGAGACGGAACGACGGAAGUUUUAACUGUGCUCCGAUUUCAACAUGACGCGGAGUGGGGCCUAGGACCGAUCGCGAACCCUUAAUCCCCCUUUCGGCAGAGGGGAAAGUAAAGGUAGGAGGAACGAGAAGAGGUGAAAAAGGAAUCUCCUGGUCGUCAGCAUCGCAUCGGAACAAUUAACGCGACAUCGUAGCGCAUCUCCGAGGGGAAAAAGGCGACAGGACGAGGAACGCGGAGCGGCGUUCGCCAGCAGCAGCGCAGCAUGACGGAGAAACGGAGCUCGCGCCGAAUUUUUCGGCCCUGGGUCGUCCUGACGACGAUCCUGACCGGUCAACUGCUGCUCCUGCAGCAGGCCCGCGGCGAGAUCUACGCUAAGAUGUUCUCCAGCCAGCAGAACCCGAGCGACCCGUGCUACGACGAGGACCGGCCGCGCCGCUGCAUCCCCGACUUUGUGAACGCGGCCUUCGGCGCGACCGUGGAGGCGUCGUCCACGUGCGGCACCGGCGGACCUACCCGCUACUGCGACGUCACCGACGAGCCCGGCGGCACCACCGGCAUCGGCCACUGUCACGUGUGCGACGACAGCACACCCCGACGACGCUUCCCCGCUAGCUAUCUGACCGACCUCAACAACCCGAACAACGUCACCUGCUGGCGCAGCGAGCCGCUCGUCAGCUCGCAGAGCUUCUCGGCGCCGCCCGACAAUGUCACCCUGACCCUCUCGCUUGGCAAGAAGUACGAGCUGACGUACGUCAGUUUGCAGUUUUGCCCGCGCGCCGCCAAGCCGGAUUCCAUCGCGAUCUACAAGUCCAUGGAUUACGGCAAGACCUGGCAACCGUUUCAGUUCUACUCGUCCCAAUGUCGUCGGGUUUACGGCAGGCCGAAUCGCGCGACCAUCACCAAGUCGAACGAGCAGGAGGCUCGGUGCACCGAUAGUCAUCGUUACACCGGCGGGGACGGUCUCGGUCCGGUCGGUAGGAUCGCCUUCAGUACCCUGGAGGGUCGACCGUCAGCCGCGGACUUUGACAACUCGCCGGUGCUGCAGGAUUGGGUGACCGCCACCGACAUUCGGGUGGUGUUCAAUCGGCUGCACAUGCAGCAGCCGUCGAAUCCGGACCAGGUGUCGUCGCUCAACGGCGAGGAGCAUCACGUGGCGGCGAUCGGGCUGGAAGAGCUGACCAAGCGGGAACGGGAGCGCGAGGAGCGGCUCAAGAGCAUGAAGAACACGAUCCUGCACGUGCAGGAUCCGCUGGUGACGGCGUUACCGUCGGUCCAUCAGGUGAUCGCGCCCCAGGAGAUGCAGUCGAACGACGCGAUCGAUCCCGCGGUCCGGGACAUGGGCUUCGUGCCGGUCACCGUUUCCUCGACCACGACCACGCUCGCCAGCGUGGCGAUGAACGGCUUGGGCCCGGCGACCGCCACCAUG